GAAUGUAUUUUGAAGUAUCUAAUUGGUAAAUUAAUACAUGGCUCCUCCCAGUCCAUCCCCGUGGACGCCCACAUCUUCUAUAAUUGGUAAUAAAGCGGCAAAGUUAAAAUGUAUAAAUUUCAUAUUACAUUUAAUUUUCAAUGUAUAUAUCCUAUAAGUUUUCACAAUUUCCGCGCGGAUUUUUCCAUGUUUUCAUUUCUCCUUCGCAUAUGUAUAAACAUAUAGUAUUUCACUGACGAUAGAUAAAAAGACGGACUCUUAUCGCAGCACUUUUGACCCUCUCCAAUGUAAUAGUAGUUGCACCACCAGCGCAGAUCUUAAACUGCUCGUGUAUUAUUGAAGUCAAUGAUUGCGUAGCAAUUCGUUCGUUGUAAGUACAGAGCGAAGAGGCUGGCAGGAAACCGGUUUCUUGGGACUUCCUCGACGGUCACGUACUCAGUUCAACAACAACAAGAGAGAAAGAGAUGUCUGGUAAAGUUCUGAUUGUUGGUGGAGGAGGUCGCGAGCAUGCCAUAGCGUGGAAAUUGGCGCAAAGCGAGAAAACCGUGAAGAUUUUCGCGGCGCCCGGAAGCCACGCAAUUUCGCAGCUGCCGAAAACCGAGCUGGUUAAACUUGAUAUCAAGAAGUUCGAGAAUGUCGCCAGUUGGUGUAAGGAGAACGAUAUUGGUUUGGUGGUCGUCGGACCUGAAGAUCCUUUGGCCGGAGGAAUCGCCGAUGUCCUGAUAUCGCAAGGAAUCCAGGUGUUUGGACCUGAGCAGAAUGGAGCCAACAUUGAAUCUAACAAGGAUUGGUCCAAGGCUUUCAUGGAUAGACAUGGAAUACCUACAGCUAAAUGGAAAUCCUUCACGAAUUCCGCUGAUGCUCAAAAUUUCAUUAAGAAUUCUUCGUUUCCUGCGUUGGUUGUGAAAGCCAGCGGAUUGGCAGCAGGAAAGGGUGUUAUCGUGGCCAAAGAUCAAACGGAAGCUUGUCUCGCUGCGGAUGAGAUCUUAAGCGAGAAUAAAUUCGGGACGGCCGGAGAAACCGUUGUCGUAGAGGAGUUAUUGCAAGGCGAAGAGGUUUCGGUUCUAGCUUUCUGCGAUGGUAAAACGAUAAAGGCGAUGCUUCCGGCUCAAGACCACAAAAGGAUUUUCGAUAAUGACGAAGGUCCGAACACAGGAGGCAUGGGCGCUUAUUGUCCUUGUCCUCUCAUGAGUGAAGAUCAGCUGAAGUUUGUCCAGAAGGAGGUUCUGGAAAGAACGAUGAAAGGUUUUAAUGAAGAAGGAAUUAAAUACGUUGGUGUUCUUUACGCUGGAUUAAUGUUGACUCCGGAUGGACCAAAAGUCUUGGAAUUCAAUUGUCGCUUCGGAGAUCCGGAAACGGAAGUCAUCAUGCCGAUGCUCGAUUCGGAUCUGUACGAAGUCAUGAUGGCUUGCUGCAAUCAGACUUUGGAUCAAAUUCAACUGAAAUGGAAGCAAAAUGUUUCAGCCGUAGGCGUUGUCAUGGCUUCCAGAGGAUACCCGGCAAGUUCAAGCAAAGGACAGGUCAUCACCGGUGUCGAAGCUGUGGAUAAUACGCAACAUCAAAUCGUCUUUCAUUGCGGCACCGAUUUGAAGGACGGUAAGCUUGUCACGAACGGUGGAAGAGUUUUAAUCGCAGUCGCUUUGGCUCCACAAUUGACAACAGCCGCUGAAAGAGCUACAAAGGCUUGUUACACUAUUAAAUUUGAUGGAGCGCAAUUUAGAAAAGACAUCGCACACAAAGCUUUUGCUAAGUCCAUUUUGGAUACCGGAAAGUUAACUUACAAAGAAAGCGGCGUUGAUAUAUCAGCUGGAAAUGAUUUGGUGGGCCACAUUAAACCUGCCGCUAAAUCAACGGAUAGGCCAGGUGUCAUGGGGGGUUUAGGUGGAUUCGGAGGUCUCUUCGACACUAAACUAGCCGGUUACGUUGAUCCUCUUCUGGUUUCAGGUACAGACGGAGUUGGCACUAAGCUCAAGAUUGCUCAAGAGAUGGGAAUGCACGACACUAUCGGAAUUGAUUUAGUCGCGAUGUGCGUGAACGACGUCUUAGCUCAUGGAGCCGAGCCGUUAUUCUUCUUGGAUUACUUUGCUUGCGGCGCUCUGGAUGUUAGCGUUGCCAAAGACGUGGUUUCCGGUGUGGCGGAAGGUUGCAGGCAAGCCGGAUGCUCCUUAGUUGGUGGAGAGACUGCCGAGAUGCCAGACAUGUAUCCACCAGGUGAAUUCGAUUUGGCUGGAUUCGCUGUUGGCGCGGUGGAAAGGAAUGAGCUGAUUCCCCGCAUCAGUAGUAUCCAAGAAGGUGAUAGCAUCAUUGCUCUUCCAUCCACUGGUGUUCACAGCAACGGCUUCAGCUUGGUGAGAAAAAUCAUGAAGUUGGCAUGCGUCAGUUACAAAGAUGAAGCUCCAUUCAGCUCUUCCAAAAAAAGCUUCGGCGAAGAAUUGUUGACUCCUACAAAGAUCUACGUAAAGGCCGUCAUUCCAGCAAUGAAAACUGGUAAAGUGAAGGCUUUCGCGCACAUAACCGGAGGUGGUUUGGUGGAGAACAUCCCCAGGGUUCUUCCAAAACAUUUAGGAGUGCAAAUCGACGCCAACAAAUGGAACAUACCUCCAGUUUUCGCUUGGCUCGCUGCUGCAGGUGGUGUGAAUCAGGUGGAAAUGCUCCGCACUUUCAACUGCGGCGUCGGCGGUAUUUUGGUUGUCAACAAAUCCGAUGAGGCUGAAAUUCUCAAGAUGGUGCAGCCUCACGGAGCGACGGUUAUUGGUAACAUCAUCAACAGAAGAGAAGAGGAAGUCGAAGUGAAAAAUUUCUCGCAGGCUUUGGGCCCGAUGAUGAAAGAUUAUUUCCUCAAAGUGCAAUCGGUGCCUAAGAAACGCGUGGCCGUUUUAAUCUCAGGUAGCGGCACCAAUCUUCAAGCAUUGAUCGAUGCUUCCAACGACCGAUCCAUGGGUUGCGAAAUCGCCUUGGUCAUCUCGAAUAAAGCAAAAGCUUUCGGCAUCGAACGCGCAAAGAAAGCUGGAAUCGCGACAAAAGUGCUCUGUCACAAAGACUAUCCGAGCAGAGAAGAAUUCGAUGCAGCCAUGGACGAGGAGUUGAGCAAAUUCAACAUUGAUUUGGUCUGUUUGGCUGGAUUCAUGAGAAUCCUCAGCAAGGAUUUCACAAUGAAAUGGAGAGGUAAAAUGAUCAACGUGCAUCCGGCUCUUCUGCCGCUCUUCAGAGGUAUGGAUGGAGCUCAGCAGGCAAUAGAUGCUGGUGUCAGAAUCAGCGGAUGCACCGUGCAUUUUGUUGAAGCCGAUGUUGAUGCUGGAGCAAUCCUCGUCCAAGAAGUAGUACCUGUUGAAGUUGGAGAUGACGCGGAUAGUCUACAGAAGAGAAUCCAGGGCGCUGAGCACAAAGCUUUCCCGCAGGCCCUGAAAUUGUUGGCAACCGGAAAGGUGGUUCUGGGUGAAAACAAUAAAAUCGUUUGGAAUUAAAGUUUA